UUUCAGUCAGAGUGGUCGGAGUGUGCUCUCCACGUUGUAUACCUGCAUAUUAUAAUUUUUAUAUAAAAAACCCGUGUUAUGUAUCCUAUACAAUUGGCUUAUUACGCCGCUUACUAAUAAAUAUAUAAUUAAUCUUAUGGAUUAAGAAAUUGGUGCUUCAAAUGAUAAUAUUUAUAUAAAAGGCAGUCUGUACCGAUGACAAGUACUCAGAUGUGAAAUUUCGUUCAUUCCAUCAGGAAGGUGUUGACUUUUUAAAAAAACUUUGGUACAUAAUAUAUUCCUGAAUAAAAAAAAAAUGGAAAAUUGGAAAAAAAUAUCACUGUUUGUCGGAGUGUUUGCAUUUGUUAGGGAGUUCAGGCCUAUUGAACCGUUUUACGCGGCUUAUAUGACAAGUCCAUAUAUCAAUUGUACAGUUGAACAGGUGCCAAAAGAACUUUACGCUGUGGGGUCAUACUCCAUGUUUGUUUUGAUCAUAAUUAUAUUCUUGGUCACUGACUAUGUCAAAUAUAAACCAGUUCUUAUCGUCGAUGGAAUCGGUGGAAUACUUCACUACAUAGCCAUAACAAAUCGCCCUUCAAAGUUGAGGAUACAGUUUGGACAAGCGUUCUAUGGGUUUUUCUUUUCUGCGGAAGUGGCCCUGUUUGGUUAUCUAUACGCUAUGAUUGAAGAAAAACAGUUUUACCAAAAAAUUACAGGCCAUGCAAGGGCUGCAACCCUAUGUGGUAAAUUUUUUUCUUCUUGCGUGGCUCAAAUUCUCGCCAUGGCAUUCGGAAGUCCUCCUUUCAACGCACUCGUAUACAUGUCUAUAUUUGGGAUGAGUUUUACGGCGGUAUGGGCAUUAAUAUUGCCACCGGUCAAGCAAAGUCUUUAUUUCCACAAGAAGAAAAAAGUGAAUGAUUCCUCAGUGACUCAUUCAACCGUUACCAUUUACAACCCAAGCAAAUACACUGAUUCGCAACUCAGCAUCGUUCCAAACGCUAACGUGGAUAAGAAUAAUGUCAAAGUUGAAAAUGUGACUGAAGAAGAGGAGAUUGGUGUAAUAAAAACACUCUAUAACGAUUUCAAACAAUCGUAUUCGGAUCCCUAUGUGCGAAAACUCUGCUUUUGGUGGGCAAUAGCUAUGGGUGGAUACUUGCAGGUAUACGCUUACAUAAAUGUUCUCUACACAUACAUAUUGGAAGAGAACAAUGAUACCGAGUUUCAACUGUUUAACGGAGCAGCAGAAUCCUUAAAUACUUUAUUAGGAGCCAUUUCUGCAUAUACAAUCAGCAGAGUAGAUUGGAACUGGUACUCUGUGGGCGAUAUAUUCUUCGCUUUUGGAUCGUUGUGCGCCGGUGUUGUAUUACUAUGCUGUGUCUACAAUCGGAACUUGUGGUUCAUUUACGCAUUUUAUAUCAUUUACGGCAUGAUGUACCAGACGAUGUUAACUAUUGCCGAAUCGGAAGUAGCUAAACGAUUAAACGAAAAAUGUUACGGUCUAAUAUUUGGAUUCAACACAUUCUUAGCAGUAUGCAUUAACACUAUAAUAAUCUAUGGCGUAAUACAAGGUCAUUUUAUCAAGAUAACAAUUGCGCAACAGUUUUUGAUUUAUGGCGUUUUGUACAUAUUCCUGGCAUUGGUAUUUUUCGGUUCUGGCAUUCUUAAAUUAUUCAGAGACGAAGGAAUAGUGGAAUACAAGUAAUCAAGAAAAAAAAAUGGUUAGAUCGUCCUUUCCAAGGGAUAAGUCAAUGGUUUUAAUAUUAUGCAAACUUGUGAUUGUGUCACAAUAAUAAUAUUAUGUUUUACGCUACAAGACCAAAUGCAAAAACCGUGAAAUCGAGCUAUUAGACCUUAAUUAAGCAUUUAAUGUUAACUAUUUAUUUAUUUGUUAUUAUCUGAAUGUUAAAUCAUUUAUGAGUGUAAUAAAUGUAAAUUUAUUAAAUCCUAUAGUACAAAAUUCUGUAAUACAGAUUAUAAAAUUAUAAAGUUACUAUGUAACGUUGACUUUGAUGCUGAAAACGUACUGUUUUUACAAUGAUG